CUGUUUACCUGUGCAAAAGGACGAUGCAAAACAAGGCGAGACUCGAACUGGCCGACUACGAGGCCGAGAACCUGGCGCGGCUACAGAAGAUGUUCAGCCGGAAAUGGGAGUUCAUCUUCAUGCAGGCUGAGGCGCAGAGCAAAGUGGACAAGAAGAGGGACAAGUUGGAGAGGAAGGUCCUGGACUCUCAGGAACGGGCCUUCUGGGACGUCCAUCGGCCAGUGCCCGGCUGCGUGAACACAACGGAAAUAGACAUCAAGAAGGCGUGCAGGAUGAACAAGCCCAUCAAGUCCACCAAACACCUGGCACUCGGUCUUGCCGGGGGGCGGAUAUCCCCCUCGGUGUCAGAGGCUGACCUCCUGACGCCCAUGGACUCCAUCAAGCAGGACAUCGACCUCCUGAGGACAAGGAUCGACCGCUGUAACUUCAAAGUCUCCAAGGCGGCCGAGUCGUUCAUCAGCUACUGGGAGCAGUACCAGGAAUACGACCCCUUCAUCACUGCAACCGACCCGCCCAACCCCUGGGUCACCGACUGUCCGGAGUUCUGGGAGGGAGAAAAAUUAGGGAAAGAAAUUCCAACCAAACGCGUAAGACGGUGGGCGUUUAGUGUACAGGAACUCCUCAAGGACCCCAUAGGACGUGAACAGUUCGUCAAAUUUCUCGAAAAGGAAUUCAGCGGCGAAAACCUCAUGUUCCUCAACGCCGUGCAGGAACUGAAAUGCCUGCCGCAGAAGGACGUCAACGAUAAGGUCCAAGCCAUUUGGGACCAGUUCCUCGCUCCCAACGCCCCUGUCCCGGUGAACAUUGACUCGAAGUCCAUGAACAUCACGAAAAAGAACAUGCAGAACCGAGACCGCUGGACUUUCGACGCUGCUGCUGCUCAUCUCUACCACCUGAUGAAGUCUGACAGUUACUCGCGUUAUUUGCGAUCAGAAAUGUACAAAGAAUUCCUCAGCGGAAGCAGGAAAAAGACGUCGGUGAAAGGCAUCAGGUCUAUAGUUAACUUCAGCAAAGGGAAGGACGGACCACCUCCCUCCUAGUAGUGAUUGGAGCGGUCCUGCAUGCUUCCUUCCAUCCCCAGCUGACUGGGAAAUCGUUUAUGAUUCCUAAGCUCUCCACUCUGAACAUCGGCACGAACAGUUAGCUGGCCCGAGUCUAAGCAGGGUGCUCAAGGCGUCCAUGUCCCGCCGAGUAAGUGAGAGGCUGCCAUUAUGUGUGUGUGCCGUCGGCCGCCACGAUGCACCUUGCCUUGGACUACGCGUUUCCGUUUUGGCCCACCAUGCCUCCGACGCCUCUCAUGGUUCACUGACGCUGUGGAGAGACAUGCGUGUCCAGAAUCCAUAUCUC